AUGUCUGGAUUAGCCAAACUCAAGUCGUGGUUAUAUAAAGCUUCCCUCUUCAUAUCAUUGAUACUUUUGAUCGGGUUUUCGGUAGUAUUGCCCAUAGAUUCCAUUGCGCAAGCUUCUAAAUCGGAAAAUAAUGCUUUUAAUACAUUCAUUGUUGUUGGAGCUUUAGUUGUUUUUGGUGUCUUUUGUAUCGUUAUUAUUAUUGGAAGAAUGCUACUUCAUAAGAGCUGUUUAAAAGAUAUUCCGAGAAGAUAUAUUCCAAUCACACCGGCUGAUCUUCCCCAUCGUUCCAGUCGAGAAGCAGUAUUACAAAAUAUGGAAAGGUCCAAGGAAUUAACAAUCCUUCUCAAAAAACCGAAGGAUCCAGUUGUUCAUGAUGGACUGGAACCUCCAAAGAGAUGUGAUGACCCAUCGAAUGAAAAGUUAUUUCCAGAAUACUUAAACUAUGCUGAUUGCAUAAAGAGUCUAACGGAUAGACUGAAAUAUCAUGGAUUGUUUUUAAACAAUCUAGAUGUUAGAAUGAAGUUGGAGGAUACGUUUGCUGACGUGGUGAACUCUCAAUUUGUUAAUCAUAAUGCCAAUAGGAUUCAGUUGCAAAAAGCUAAGGAGUUUAUUGACUUAUAUGAAACGAUUAGAUUUUCAGGUAAAGAUGUUACAAGAAACCAAUUUAUCAAAUUUGUUGAAUUAUGUCUUUAUUUUGGGGAUAUGUCGUUAACAAGGGACACUUCAUUUGCAAAUUUGCGACAUUUCAAAUUAAACGACAGUUCAAAUUAUGCUGGAACAAAUGAAUCAAAGUAUUCAAUCAAUCCAUUUGAUGAAAACGAGUACGCUCAAGAGGAUAUGCAUUACUUUCCAGAACCACCCACGCAUUUGGUUAGAGAAAGUAGCAGAAGCACUGUGGCAAGGCAUAUUUCAUCUGGUGCAGACGUAACUAAGUCUGAAGAACGUCCCUUCGAGACCGAUUUCGAUUGUAAUGCAUUUCGCGACAAGCUUGCCCAAGUGGACAGUUAUAGAAGUGUAAUUCGUCACUAA